AUGAAUUACAUCUACUCGACAGUCAACACCCUCCGCGACCGCUACACCCCCGUAUCCCACACCUCCACAUUCCGCCAGACCGGCCAGAUCACCCCCGAGGAGUUCGUCGCCGCCGGCGACUACCUCGUCUACAAGUUCCCCACCUGGUCCUGGGGCGACGCCGACGACGAGUCCCGCCGCGUCAGCUACCUGCCCCCGGGCAAGCAGUUCCUCGUCACCAGGAACGUCCCCUGCCACCGCCGCCUCGACGACGACUUCGCCGGUGACGCGGGCCACGAGGAGGCCCUCGUCAACGACGGCGACGACUUCAAGACCGGCUCCGGCACGGACGGCGACGACGACGGCUGGCUGCGGACGGGCGGCCUCGCCAGCUCCCAGCCCCUCAAGGCCAAGCAGGUCCGGACCGUGGACGAGGCUGGUAACGCCGAGAAGGACGACAUCGACGAUGACGACAUCCCAGACAUGGAGGAUGAGGAUGACGACGAGGCGAUAAUCCGCGACGCCGGCCCAGAUUCCAAGAACGGCGGUCGAAGAACGUACACCCUCUACAUCAUGUACACGCCAUACUACCGAACCCCCCGGCUCUACCUCUCCGGCUACCUGCCCAACGGCCAGCCGCUCAACCCCCAGUCGAUGAUGGACGACAUCGUCGGCGACUACAAGGACAAGACGGUCACCCUCGAGGACUUCCCCUUCUUCGCCAACAACAUCAAGAUGGCCUCGGUCCACCCCUGCAAGCACGCGUCCGUCAUGAAGACCCUCCUCGACCGCGCCGACGCCGCGCUGCGCAUCCGCCGGGACAAGCUGCGUGCCGGCCAGGCCGACGCCCCCGCCCCCGCCGGCAUGGAGGGCCUCGUGGACGAGAUUGGCGGUCUAGACAUCAAGAGCGCCCAGGAGGCCGCGGAUAAGGAGGAGUGGGAGGAGGUCAAGGGGACCGAGGUGGAUGACCAGGAGGUGGCCAUCCGGGUAGAUCAAUAUUUGGUUGUUUUCCUCAAGUUCAUGGCCAGCGUCACUCCUGGUAUUGAGCACGACUUCACGAUGGGUGUGUAA